AUGGGCUUCCUCAAGAGCCUCUCCCUGGCGCGGCCCGACGACGUGGCAGGCAAAGCAUGGCCUGCUUUCGUGGUUGGCAUGUUUGUUGCAUUCGGCGGUGUUCUCUUUGGAUACGACACUGGUACCAUCAGUGGAAUCUUGGCUAUGCCCUACUGGCAACGUCUUUUUAGCACGGGCUACAUCGACGCCAACGGGAAUCCCGCUAUCACUGCCUCUCAGGAGUCCGCCAUCGUGUCCAUUCUCUCCGCCGGCACCUUCUUUGGCGCCCUCGCCUCUCCCUUUUUGGCAGACUCCGUGGGUCGCCGUCCCGGCUUGAUGAUCUCCACCUGGGUUUUCAACUUGGGUGUUGUGCUGCACACCGCCGCCACAGCCAUUCCCAUGUUCCUGGCAGGCCGCUUCUUUGCCGGUCUCGGUGUCGGCCUGUUGUCCGCCAUGGUCCCGCUGUAUCAAUCAGAGACGGCUCCCAAAUGGAUCCGCGGCUUCAUCGUCGGUUCGUAUCAGUGGGCCAUCACCAUCGGCCUGCUCCUCGCGGCCAUUGUGAACAACGCUACUGCGAACCGAAACGACACAGGCUGCUACCGCAUCCCCAUCGCAAUCCAGCUGGCAUGGUCCCUUAUCCUCUUUUCUGGCCUAUUGUUUCUCCCCGAAACGCCUCGGUAUUUGAUCAAGAGGGACAACGCCGAGGGGGCUGCAAUUGCACUCAGCCGUCUUCGACGCCUGACCGUUCAUCAUGAAGCUGUCGUCGCCGAGUUGGCUGAAUGCCGAGCGGUCCAUGAGUUUGAGAUGACUAAGGGCCAAGGCUCGUAUUUGGAUUGUCUGAGGGCCCCCGUCCUCAAGAGGCAGCUUACCGGCAUGGGAUUGCAGGCGCUCCAGCAGCUCACAGGCAUCAACUUCAUCUUCUACUACGGCACCAAGUAUUUCCAAAACUCCGGCGUCUCCAGCGGCUUCGCCAUCGCCAUGAUCACCUCCUCCAUCAACGUCGCCUCCACCAUCCCCGGCAUGUACGCCGUCGACAAAUGGGGCCGCCGGCCCCUCCUUCUCUGGGGUGCCGUCGGCAUGGCCGUGUCACAGUUGAUCGUAGCCGUCUGCGGCACCCUGUCCACGGGCCAGUACGACAACGGCGAAAUUUUCGUCAAGAACCUCGCAGGCCAAAAGGCGGCCGUGGCCUUUGUGUGCAUCUACAUCUUCUUCUUUGCCUCGACCUGGGGUCCCCUUGCCUGGGUCGUCACGGGCGAGAUCUUCCCGCUCAAGACCCGCGCCAAGUCGCUGAGCAUCACGACCGCGACUAAUUGGCUGCUCAACUGGGCUAUUGCUUACUCGACGCCGUACCUUGUCAAUUAUGGAGAGGGGUAUGCUAACCUGCAGUCCAAGAUCUUUUUUGUCUGGUUUGCCUGCUGCUUCAUUUGCAUUCUGUUUGUCUACCUCAUGAUUUAUGAGACCAAGGGCCUCACCCUUGAGCAGGUCGACCAGUUGUACGAGGAGGUCAGCGACGCCCGGAAGUCGGCUGCUUGGAAGCCCUCGUCUUCGACGUGGGAGCAUCAUCGGGAAAUUAAGGUCGCGUCUGAGCAUGAGGAUGUCGUCGUUCACAUCCCUUCUGAGACGGAGAAGAUCUGA